AUGUCAUCAUUGGUAUCUUCAAUUCUUCAAGUGGACGAUAUGCCAUUCAUUGGAUCAUCAAAGCGAAAAUCAUUGCCAACGGGCACCAGUAGCGGCGGUGUUGGAGGUACACCUCGAUUUGCGUUUCAAAACCAUCACAGCAGUGCCGAAUACCAUGUAGCGCAUUAUGGGAGCAGCCCUGUACCAACACCAAGUACUUCAUGGACAUCCGAAAUGAGCAUGUUGGCCGACAAGAUCCGAGACGAUGAUAUGACUCGAACCAAGCAAGUUAUCCAUCUUGAUCGACGUAGUAUCUCACAAGGCCUUAAAUUGGUAUCGAUUGCUGCUGAUGAAUACGAUGGUGGCAACGAGACAGUGGCACUGGACAUCUAUUUGACAGGCAUUGAUAAGAUCUUGAUGGCACUUCCAAACAAGACCGAUCCCAAGACCAAGCUUGCAUUACGGGAAAAGCUGAUAAGUGUCGAGGAACGAGUUGGGAUCCUGAAUCUUCAUCAGCGGUUACCACCAUCCGAUGCCAAAGCAUGCCUUCAGUCAUACAUUGUGUCACGUAUCACCACCACCAUGAGCAGUUUUGAACAAGAGCAACCUGAUCCAGUAAAUCGAUUUAAGCGAAUGAGUCAAAUGCUUGUCAAUUUUGCGGUGGCCUGUGCUAUUUACAUCAAGCAAUCACCGAUUCCAGACAUCCUCUACUUUUUGUUUGGAUACUUUAUUCAGCUAAUGUUGUGGCUCGAUCGACAGUAUCACUUUUCACAAAAGGCUCAGGAUUUUGGUGUUGAAUGUGUAAAAUGGAUUUUGGAGGCAGAUGAAGAGUAUCGCUUGCAUGAACUCGUGUCAGAAACUAUUUACACGUUGAUCGCCGCUGGUCUUAAAGCUGUUGUUGCAUUCAAGGAAACACCUCCUCGACGUGGAAACCCCACAAAGCAACGGUGGUAA